UCAGUAACAAAAUUGUACCUAACCUAUAUAACCUCCAUAUUCUUGCUUCAUGAUAACCUCGUGGAAAUUGAAGACCACGCUGUAUAGAUUUUUAGUAAUAAUUACGCGCGAUUAAUACGUAUUUAUUUGUGUAAAAAAAUUAAUAUUUUUUUUUAAAUCAAAAUGGGGAAAAAAUCGAAGAUUGGAAAGCAGAGAAAGGAUAAAUACUAUCAAUUAGCCAAAGAAACUGGUUAUAGGUCGCGUGCUGCUUUCAAGUUGAUUCAAUUAAAUCGGAAAUUCGAAUUUCUUCAAAAGUCCAGAGUAUGCAUCGAUUUGUGCGCUGCACCUGGCGGCUGGAUGCAAGUUGCCAGGCAAAAUAUGCCAAUAUCAUCGAUAGUCAUUGGUGUGGACUUAUUUCCGAUAAAGCCCAUUCCGGGAUGUCUCAGUCUCGUGGAAGAUAUUACAACAGACAAAUGUAGAGUUGCUAUCUCACGUGAAUUGAAAACAUGGAAGGCUGAUGUUGUUUUGAACGAUGGUGCUCCCAAUGUAGGAAAAAAUUGGCUUCACGACGCGUAUCAGCAGGCUGUUCUGACGUUAUCAGCUCUUAAAUUAGCUACUCAAUUCUUAAAAGCUGGUGGUUGGUUUGUAACAAAAGUAUUCCGCUCUAAGGAUUAUCACCCAUUGAUCUGGGUGUUGAAACAAUUGUUUAAGAAGGUACAUGCUACUAAACCUCAAGCAUCACGUAGUGAAUCUGCAGAAAUUUUUGUAGUUUGUCAAUAUUAUAUUGCUCCUGAUAAAGUAGAUUCCAAGUUCUUCGAUCCAAAGCAUGUCUUUUCUGAAUUGCAAAUAGAAACUACGAACAAAUUAAAUGUUCUUCAUCCAGAGAAGCUAAAGAAACAUAAAGUAGAGGGAUAUCCUGAGAACGAUUACACGUUAUAUCAUAAAUUAUCUGCAAAAGAGUUUAUCGCCUGCGAAGACGCAAUAAAAGCUUUGGAGAAUACUUCCGAAAUCGUGAUAGACGAUGAGUUCAUCGACAAGCACGAGAAAACGACUAAAGAAAUUAGGGAAUGCUGUAAGGAUAUUAAAGUACUUGGACGAAAAGAUGUGAAGCUCCUACUCAAUUGGUGGAAAGCGUUAAAACACACGCAAACCGAAACAAAUGAAGCGAAAAAUAUAACUGAAGAUGAAACUACUGCCGCAUCUGCCGCCGUUAGUCUCGAAGAACAGGAGGAUUUGGAAGACGAGGCAAUUCAAAAGCAGAUUGCCGAGCUCCGGCAAGCAGAAGCCAGAGAGUUAAAACGGAAAAAGAAGAAGGCUAAUAAGGAAAGGCAGAAGUUGAACGAACGUCUCAAUUUGAAAAUGGUUCACAAGAUCGACGAGGGACCUAAAUUGGAAGGAGACGAUUUGUUUAAUUUGAAUCAGAUUCAAACCAAUCAGCAAUUAGAGCAAGCUGUAGAUCAAACGCCUGACGUCGUGGCAGAGAGCGAUGUGGACUCGGACGAGGAAAUCAAACCGAAAACGAUUCAUUACGAGAAAGAUGCAGGUCAUUUGGACAGCAAGGGCUUGUACUACAAAUCAGAAGAAAGUGAGAAAAGUGACACUGAUGCCUCAGAUGAUGACAGCGAGAAAUCUGGACUAGGUUUGGACGAUUCAGAGGAUGACAGUACAAAUAAACCGCAAAAGAAGCAACAACUUAAAGAUUCCGAAAGCAAUCCGUUAUUAACUGAUCUAGAUUUCCGGGACAAAGAAACUAAAAGAGCUCAUAAAGCAGCACUCUGGUUUCAGAAAGAUGUGUUUAAAAACUUGGAGAAUGAAGAUGAUGCAGAUUAUGAAUUAGAUAAAAUAAUUGAACAAUAUAAGAAGAAAGGCGGACAUGUUCUCGGAGAAGAGAAGAAGGUGCAAGAGAAAGUGAGUGAGGAAAAGAAACGAAAACGCAAAAUCAGUGAAAAUACUGAAAAUGAUGAUUCAAAUUCGGAUUAUGAUAUGGAAGAAAUGAUGGCGCCUAAUAAAACAUUGAAAAAAAUCAGCGGAAAGGAUGGUUUUGAGGUAGUGCCACAAGAAACAGAUAAAAAGCCGAAGAAAAAGAAAUUGACUCCCGAAGAUUUAGCGCUCGGAUCGUUGCUGAUUCAAAGUAAAAAAUCUCGAAGAGAUCUGACUGACUCGGCUUGGAAUAGAUAUGCGUUUAACGACGAGAAAUUGCCCGAUUGGUUUGUGAAGGAUGAGGAAAAGCACAUGAAGAAGGAGGUGCCCGUGCCUAAAGAACUUGCCGAUGAAUAUAAAAAGAGAGUGGAGGACUUGAAUGUAAGACCUAUUAAGAAAGUAAUGGAGGCUAAAGGAAGGAAAAAGAAACGCGCGAUGCGCAAACUUGAGAAGGCCAAGAAGAAGGUUGAAGCAUUGAUGGAUAAUGUAGAUAUUAGCGACAGGGAGAAGGCCAAACAAGUUAGAGCGUUGUACAAGAAAGCUCGUCAGGAGCCAAAGAAGGAAGUCACAUAUAUCGUAGCGAAGAAACAUACCGCGCAGAAGCGGGCCGUUCGGCCUCCCGGUGUGAAAGGUCGAUAUAAAAUAGUCGAUCCGAGGAUGAAGAAAGAUUUACGCGCGGCGAAAGCGAAGGAAAAAACUAAAGGACGUGGAAAGAAAAAUCGAGGCAAUAAUCGGGGCAAAAAACCGAGGGCGCAGCCUAAAACCAUGAAGAGGAAAAGUAAAUGAUCGCCUUAUUUCCCCACAUUGCAAAACAUUGUUUAAUUCAUAAGGACUACAACCUUAUGCAUCUAUUUGCAUAAUUCAGUUGCGGAUAUUUAAAUAAAUAUUUUUAUUACAGUACA